UUCCGAUGCAAAAACUGCUAUGCAAACGCUUUUGUCGUCGUUUUUUUGUGGGAAAAGCAAGGACGUCACAGAAGAAGAAAAAAAAACGAUAGACUUUUUCAAUAGCAAAAUUGUUCAUUAAAACUUUGCAAUAAAUAUUCAGUGGUCAAUUUAUCGUUAUCAUAAAAAGCCAACCACACGCGUUGGUUUCGACGGUUGGUUUCAUAAGUGAAAAUAACCCAAAAAAAGAGAAGAGUAUCGUUUACUAGAAGAAAUUUGCAGUUCCAUUAUUCAACGAGAAAAAAAAAAUUCCUCAGUUGUUGGAAGAAAGAGAGAGAGAACGAUCGAGGGAGAGAGAGAAAUUUUUGUGCUCUUCUUUUUCUCACCAUUUUUGUGUUUUUAAAUAUUUCUUUACGUUUUAUAAUUUUGGUUGUGUUUGCGUAUAUUGUGAUUUUCACAUACAUAACGACAUUGUCAUUAGUAUAUCAAAUUGACAGAAGAUACGUUGCCAUUGCGGUUAUAGCCAACGAAAGUGGCAUUCCGACCUGUUCAUCGGAAUUACAAUACUAAAUUAUCUUUCUCCUGGGGUUUGUGUGAUGGUCGAAUAAAUGACAGAAAUUUGCAAAAAAAAAAAAAAUUAUUGCUUGUGAUGAUGGUGUGCAUAAAGCAGCGCAGUACGGAUGGUGCCAUCCCAAUUCACGUGCACCUGGUGCUUCCCAAUCAAAAUGACUUCGACGGAAGUCACACUUGUUCGAUGUAUCAAGAGUUUGUUUGCUUGAACAUAUUUUUUUUUAAAUCAGAAUCGUGUAAUUUAACGAGCAUUUUCUCGAGAUUUGAUAUGAAAACAAAGAAGAAAAAAAACGAACAAGUGUGAAGUCGAGUUGUGUUUUUCAUUCAUUUGCUAGAAGCUAAAUAAUUUUUGUAUUGAAUCGGUUUUCGAUUGGUGUAUCAUCAUUGUCUUGCGCAAUUUUUAUUUAAAAUAAUCAACACAAAUAAUUAUUUGUUCAUUUACAGUGGAUAAUAGGCAGUGAAACAUGACGAACGCUUCAUCAUUGAAUAUGUCUGUUGAGGACAUGAUCAAACACUAUCAACGCAGCAUAGACAAGUCUGAAUCCGACCCAAAAAGGAUACUGCAUUGCAUUGGCAAAUUGAAUCGGAUGAAUGUUACAGUACAGCAUUUACAGAGUACUGGCAUUGGUCGAACGGUAAAUGGUUUGCGCAAAGAUGAUGGUGAAGUUGGAUUGGCAGCCAAAGCGCUCAUUUCAAAAUGGAAACAAAUGGUGGCGAGUGAAAAUAGCGAGGAGGAAAAGGCUCAAGAAGAAUAUGGCUAUGAAGAUGACGAAUCAAACAAUUUGCAGACAGACUCUAUAAGCAAUAACGACAGAAAGUCACAUAAGACUCAUGAACAUAAAAGCAGUAGCAGUAAUAGUAGUCAUCAUCAUCAUCAUCAUCACCAUCAUCACCGCGAACAGCAGGAACAUCUCUCACCCGACAAAUUGAUUGAAAACCACACUCAUCAACGCAAAUAUUCAUCAGACGAUAUUCAAGAGCACUCAGCACAUUCAAGACAUAAGCUUAAGUCACACUCAUACAAUGACGGAAGCGGUGGCAGUAGCUCAAAAAAACGCGAACAUGAGCAGGAAAGUAGUGGUGCUGUUGCCGAUCACGAUCGGCAUAAAAGUAGUUCGAAGCAUAGUAAAGAAGAUCGUCAUCAUCGACCGAGCAAACAUGAUUCACAGCAUGAUGGUGAUGAAAUUAGUGAUAAAAAGCAUAAAAACUCGAGCAAAGAUCAUAGCAAGCACAAAGACCAUCAUAAGCAACUCUCGAGUACAACUGAAAAGACUCAUUCGUCGAGCAAACAUAAACGAUCCCGAGAGCCUGACCCUACGUCCAGUUCAUCAAAGAAGCAAAAGUGUGAUGAAAAUUCAUCCAGAAGCGAUAAAGAGAAGUCUUCAAAAACGAAAUUUAAAGGAAUUGAAAUCGACCAUUCAGAGGGAACUAGUUUUGCCGAUGCAUUAGGAAUGUUAGCUGUGCCCAUAUCGGCGCAAUCAUCGAAGGCCUCAACAUCAUCAGCUUCAACAAGUGGAAAAGCAUCCAGCAAAACGGUUAGCCCAUCGUCCAGCCACAGUAAGAGCAAGGUCAAGGACAAGGAAAAAACGUCGAAAUCGAAACCAUCAACCAGUUCAACGGCAACACCGUCACUGCUAUUGAAGAAACCGAAAUUACCUCCGCUUGAAGAUCUAGUAAAAGAUUUACCGCCCCCAGUUGAGUGCAUUAUACCAAACGAUUAUAAACCGUCGCCGGUCAAUCACAUGGUCAUGGAUUGUUUAUUCAAAGGACCAAAGUCCCAACAGAUGGCUAUACUCAACGAAACCGAUGCCCUAUGCGCAAGCACAACAUCGAAAAAUCAGCGCACCAAAGUGUAUUCGGGUGUUAAAUCGGGUGUACCGCAACAAGUUCCAUCGCUGCACGAAUUGUGCUUACGUUUUCUACAGAAAAAUAUUGACGGAUUGGAGUAUACGGGCGGUGUUCCAUUUGACAUAUUGAAGCCCGUUCUCGAACGAGCAACACCUGAACAAUUGAGCUCAUUCGAACAUUACAAUCCAUAUCUAAUGGAUGAUUCCGAUUGUCUGUGGCAACAGCAUUGCCAACGAAAGUUCAAGGCACAUAGACGAUUAGAGAUGGAAACUUGGCGUGAAAUGUUCUAUCGAUGCAUGACCGAACAGGAUGCGCUACUGGAUCGGUUAACGAAAAAUAUAAAGGAAUCACAAUCGGUGGCCAUUCCAGUACGCCAGACAAAACUGGCUUAUGUUGACAGCAUGGUGAAACCACCGCGUAGUGUGAUUAAGAAGCAAAAUCAGUUUGGCACCCAUACAAAAUUGAUAGCAACACCAGCGGCACGAGUUGAUGCCCUCAGUUCGGUAGCAACGAAUAUUACCAAAAUUGGAGACACACGACUGAAAACAUUGGCAUCCAUACGGGACACAGCCCAAGCACAACCAUCAAAUGGAAUCAUUAGGCCAAAGAAAGCUCCACUCAUGGCCAAAACACUUCAACUCAUGAAAGGCAGAUUCAAGCGAUAAACAGCAAAAUUUGAAAUUUAUCAAUUUUAAUUUAUUUGUUUGUGUUAUUAUUUCUUUUUUUCCCUCCCCCUUCCUUUUGUAUGUGAAACCUGUUUCUUACAUAUACCUUUUUUUCUUAAACUCAUUAUUAAAUUUAAAGAAAAAUAAAUAAAAUACGGAACAAUAAAUUGAUUUAGAAAGAAA